UAUCGUUGAAUAAAAAUUCAACUAUUUUUAUUCACUAACACCUUUCCAUGGUACAAUCAUCAGUUAUCAGACUGUUACCACUUGCUCCGUGGAGGUGUCUUCAGGAUGUAACGAAAACACGUGAUAAUACUGUACGUUUGGUGAAGGGAGAGGAAGUAUCAAGACUUAUCGUGACUCACGAACCAACAGUUGAGUUUACGCGGAAUUUUCGCUUCAGUCGGUGAAGUGGCAUCAUGGCUAUCAGCUUUUGGAGAUGUCUGGAUGGGAAAACCGGUCGUCCUAGACUUCGAAAUGCCAUCCAACAGCGGAAUAUACCCAUCGUUAAGACACCAACUUAUCAAAACAGUUAUCAACUCAAAGCAAGAAAUCCCUUCAGGACGGAUCCGGUGGAUGAAAUUGUAAAGAAUAUUAUGCAGAUACGUUUAGAAGAUAUAACGUAUGAUGCUGAAGUAGCUCCGAAGUUAUGUGCUCAUGUUGCCAAGGAAAUCAGGAAGAAAAUUUUGAAGUUGGAAUUCGACAGAUGUCGAAUAAUCGUGCUAGUAACUAUGAUAGAAAAAGCUAGUCAAGCUGUAAAUACAAAGAUGGGUUUUGUGUGGGAUGUCGAGAGGGAUAAUUACGCGACCUACAACUUUGAGACGGCAUCGUUUUACGCUCAUUGUCUCGUGAUCGGCGCUUAUUAUGAGUGAGGAAAAUCGCUGCCCAGUUAAUUAUGCCUGGCAUUAAUUAUUGAUCAACGACGAAAAUCGUAUCUGUAAAUAUAUUCUCUCUGUGCCGAACAGAACUACUUCUAUUUUUCUCCUAUCAUAAAAAAUUGUUUAUGACAUAUUCUCAUCUUCAGAGCGCAAGAUUGAUGUUUCCUAUGUACUAAAUAUACGCUCGAAAAGAAUACACUUGUCCGCUACUCACCUGUCAAUACGUAAAAGCUAAUUAAAAAAACAUCCUCAAUAGAA